GAAGAAUACGAACAGCGGUCGCAGGCGUCGAACUCACAGGAGCGAGCCCGCGUCGAGAAGCCAAGGAUCGUGCUCUCAACGUUCAUGGGAACCAACCCCGACGCUUGGCUGAACAGGGCGGUGCAAUUCUUUGACUUAAAUGAGAUGCCGCAACGUGACUGGGUUCGGUAUGCCGCGUACUAUUUAGAUGAUGAGGCCAACGUGUGGUGGCAGUGGCUCACGCGCGUGUAUCACGGGCGGCAACAACCAAUCCGUUGGGAAGAUUUUGAAUGCGAGCUCCUUACGUGUUUUGGGAACUCAGACUAUCAUAACCACGACGAGGUGCUGACUCGGAUCCGACAGACAGGGAGUGCACGUGACUACCAAAAGGAGUUCGAGAGAUUGGCAUGCUGGGUUCGCGGGUGGCCGGAGAGCGCGCUUGUUGGCGCGUUUGUUGGAGGGCUUAGGUAUGAUCUCGCGGCCGAAGUGCGAUUGGAGAGGCCGGAGACCAUGCACAAGGCCAUGGAGGUUG